AUGUAUCGACCGCGGCCUGUAUUGAUAUUAUUCUUAUUCUACCUUUUCUCAAUUUGUGUUGCCCAAUUCUCCUUCUUUGACAAUAUGUUCCGGCAACAGCAACAUCAGGAGCAGCAUGCCUCAGGUGCCGCACAAUGGGCUGCACACCGUGAAAGCAUUCCAUGUUCACAAUAUCUUUGCAAAACCCUGGAAUGCGUUAAGAAUCCUGCUUUUUGCCCAUGCCCGGAUGUGGAGGACAUUGGAUGUGUUGUACCGGAUGGCGACGAUCCGGAGAGCGGUACUGUUGUGUGCGUUAGAGGGAAAGAAGGGUGUGAUCAAGUAGAGAGAUUGGCAUGGAAGGGGUCUUCGUGGCAGUAG